AUGAUGGCUUUUCAUCCAAUUGACAGCUCUAUUGCAACUGAUUUCCCCUCCCUAAACUUGGGACUCAGUGCUGCUGGGGCCCAGGAUCUUUACGUCUGUCUGACGAACGGUACUAUUGCACUUCAUGACCAUGACAAAGAGACCCCAGUAGCUCAAAUUCCCCUGAAAACCGACACUCAAGUAUGGCCUGACGGAUUGGAAGGCUUGGAUCUCCUAACUUCAAACGAGACUCUGCUUUGUCCAGACGUCUCUGGCAUGCAAUCCUAUACGCUGCAUAAAAGCCCUCACAUCAUUUAUAUCCCGAAUUUCGUUUCACCAGACGAGACAGCGCACCUUAUUGACGUAACAAAAGACAGUUUCUACCCCUCAGUCGUCUACCGGGAGGGUGUUAGUGAGCCCGACAACGAUUUCCGAAAGUCAGAAAAUGCAUGGCCACUUCGUGAUAAUACCAUAAAAUGUGUUGAGCAAAGGGCUCUACGAUUCCAGACCUGGCAGUCCAAUUUGAAACUGGAACAGCUUUCGCUGCAGCGAUACUUCGAAGGCGGUUUCUUCACUUAUCACCACGACUAUUUCAGUUCACCGCCGAAACGACUGAACCGGUAUUCAACUUUCAAUGUGUUCUUACAUGGCAACUGCACUGGUGGAGGAACCCAUUUUCCACGUAUUCCUCGGCCUACUGAUCCAAUGUGGUGUAAGUACAUUGAUUGUGAGUCAUCCGAGGAUGGUGUUAUUUUCAAGCCUAUCGCGGGUAGUGCAGUUUUUUGGAUUAAUAUGCGCAAUAAUGGGUCUGGAUUUGAGGAGACGUGGCAUGCUGGUAUGCCUGUUACGUCUGGAACAAAAAUUGGUAUGAAUAUUUGGAGCUGGAAGUAG